AACAACAAUGACGUCACUGGUGAAGGACGCGCUCGAGCCGACACCACGCGACGAGGACUGACAAGAUGGCGCCCCCAGUAGUACCAGCCGUAGUAGGUCCUGUGAAGGAGAGAUAGAUAAAGCCAUGCCUUUGGGGUACACGUUUGGCAGUUCACCAUGUUGACUCUGGUGGACUGAAACCGUUCAGAGGACCCACACGGAUAACCCCUCCCCCCCCCCCCCCCCUUGGGGACCGGGCUGCGUGUCCAGGGACCCAGCGAGGCGGGCGGGAGGGCAGACCGGUGCGAUGGACAGGUGCAAGCACGUGGGUCGGCUCCGCCUGGCCCCAGAUCACUCCAUCCUCAACCCCCAGAAGUGGCACUGCCUGGACUGCAACACCACCGAGUCGGUGUGGGCCUGCCUGGGCUGCGCCCACGUGGCGUGCGGCCGCUACAUCGAGGAGCACGCGCUGCGGCACUUCCAGCUGCAGCGCCACCCGCUGGCCAUCGAGGUGAACGAGCUGUACGUCUUCUGCUACCUGUGCGACGACUACGUGCUGAACGACAACGCCACGGGCGACCUCAAGCUCCUGCGCAGCACCCUCGGCGCCAUCCAGAGCCAGCGCUACGAGGUGACCACGCGCAGCGGGCGCACCCUGCGCUCCGCCGCCGGCGCCGCGCCGCCGCUGCCCUGCGGCGCCCGGGAGCUGCAGCUCCGGGACGAGGACCGCAUGUUCACCGCCCUCUGGCACCGGCGCCGCACGCUCAUGGGCCGCGUGUUCGGCGCGUGGUUCGCCCUGACGGAGGGCGGCCGGCGGCGGGAGGAGGAGGAGACGAGGCGGGAGGACGAGGAGACGAGGCGGGAGGAAGAGGAGACGAGGCGGGAGGAGGAGGAGAAGAGGCGGGAGAAGCUGGAGCGGCGGCGCUCCGUGAAGCGGCGGCUGCAGGCGGAGCUGGAGAGCGCCCCGCCCAGGAAGAGCCGGCGGCUGCGGCGCCAGAGCCAGAGGGCGGCCGACGCCGCCGGCCUGGCCUCGCUCUGCGAGGCUCGCCGAGGCGGCGGGAGCGCCGGCGUUCCCGCCGCCAACGGGACGCGGACCCGAAGCCCCCCCGCCGCCGCUGCCGCCCCCCAGAAACAAACAGUCCGGACCAAAAGGGUCGUACCCGCCGCCAAGACCCCCAGCGCCCCUUCCUCCAAACCCAAGCCAAAGCCCCGGGUGCCCCCCCCGGCCCCCCGCAAGACGCCCGCCAAACCGCCCGCCAAACAGCCCCCCAAACAGCCCCCCAAACAGCCCGCCAAACAGCCCCCCAAACCGUCGGCCAAGCAGGGCGGCGCGCCCUUCAAGCGGCGGCCGGCGGUGACGCCGGGCGUGACCGGGCUGCGUAACCUGGGCAACACAUGCUACAUGAACUCCAUCCUGCAGGUGCUCAGCCACCUCCACGUCUUCAGGGAGUGCUUCCUGCAGCUGGACCUCACCCAGGCCCUGGAGCUGCUGGCCUCCGCCGUCCACGGCCGGCUGGCGGGGCCCGCCCCCCCGCUGCCCCCGCCGCCGCCGGCCCACCGGAGGGGCCUCCAGGCCAGCGGGGGCGGCGGCGGUGGCGGCGGCGGCGGCUGCGGCGCCGGGCUCAGCGGGGGGUCGUCACGGGCCCGCAGCAUGGAGCUGGUGCAGCCCAUGGAGCCCAGCUCCAAGCACAUCUCGCUGUGCCACGAGCUGCACACGCUGUUCCAGGUCAUGUGGUCGGGCAAGUGGGCGCUGGUGUCGCCGUUCGCCAUGCUGCACUCGGUGUGGCAGCUGAUCCCCGCCUUCCGCGGCUACGCCCAGCAGGACGCCCAGGAGUUUCUGUGCGAGCUGCUCGACAAGGUGCAGCGGGAGCUGGAGACCACCGGCGGCGGCGGGGGGGGUGGGCCCGGGCCCGUGCCCCCCCCCGGCGGCGUGCCGCACACGCAGAAGCGCCUCAUCAGGCAGGUCCUGAACGUGGUCAACAGCAUCUUCCACGGGCAGCUGCUCAGCCAGGUGACCUGCCUGGCCUGUGACUACCAGUCCAACACUGUGGAGCCCUUCUGGGACCUGUCGCUGGAGUUCCCCGAGCGUUACCACAGCAACAGCAGGGAGUCGGCUGCGCAGGUGUCAUGCCGGCUGACCGAGAUGCUGGCCAAGUUCACGGAGACGGAAGCGCUGGAGGGGAACAUCUACGCCUGCGACCAGUGCAACACAAAGCGCCGUCGCCUCUCCUCCAAACCCGUCAUCCUGACGGAGGCUCAGAAGCAGCUGAUGGUCCACAAGCUGCCUCAAGUUCUCCGGCUGCACCUCAAACGCUUCAGGUGGUCGGGGCGGAACCACCGGGAGAAGAUCGGCGUGCACGUGCGCUUCGACCAGCUGCUGAACAUGGAGCCCUACUGCUACCGGGACCCCUCCCCCGGCGGCCUGCCCUGCCCCGGCCCCCCCCCCGGGGGCGCCGCCGCACCCUCAAAACACUUCCUCUACGAGCUCUCCGCCGUGGUGAUGCAUCAUGGGAAGGGCUUCGGCUCCGGCCACUACACGGCCUACUGCUACAACAAGGAGGGCGGGUUCUGGGUCCACUGUAACGACUCCAAGAUGAACGUGUGCAGCGUGGAGGAGGUGUGCCGUGCCCAGGCCUACAUCCUCUUCUACACCCAGCGCGCCUCUCAGGACAAAGACCGGCCGCUGUAGGGUCCGGCCGUCAGCCCGCCGGGCGACAGCACCCCGCUGAAGAACUCCACCAGGCCUAACGCCUCCACCCAACCACCCGCUGAAGGCCUACCGCCUCCACCAGGCCUACCGCCUCCACCCAACCACCCGCUGAAGGCCUACCGCCUCCACCCAACCACCAGACCUACCGCCUCCACCCACCCACCAGGCCUACCGCCUCCACCCAUCCACCUGCUGAAGGCCUACCGCCUCCAC